UUUCUUUGUUGUAAUAAUCAAGCAGGCUUAUGGAGAUCCAACGAGAGAAUCGCAACAUCCAUGAUAACCAACGCCGCCAAUUGGCAGCCAAGUACGAGCUGAAGCACAAGCUGUUCAAGGCGUUCCUGAGAGAUCCUGAUCUCCCCACCGAGGCUCGGGAACAAAUGCAGUUGAAGCUGGCCAAGUUGCCCAGAAACAGCUCCUUCACGCGCAUCAGAAACCGGUGCAUCUUCACGGGCCGCUCUCGUGGUGUGUACCAGCUCUUCCGGAUGUCCCGUAUCGUUUUCCGUGAACUGGCGUCCCGGGGUGCUCUCAACGGCAUUAAGAAAGCGUCUUGGUAGAGAAGUAAGGAGAAUUGGGUUGUUUUGUUAGAUUGAAUGAAUGAAUUUGUGUCUUUGAAUUGACUUAUGUGUUUGUCUGAUUUUGGAUUUUUUUUUUGAAUGGUGGGCGAAUGGGUUUAUGAAACUGAAAUUGAUAUGGGUUGGCAUGGAAUUUGCAUGGAAUUUUCAGUACAUAAUUGGAACCAAAAUAAAAGAAAUGUGGUAGAAUACAUUUCAUAUUGAACUUUUAA